GUGGCACACGAAAAGUUAAUUCUGGGAGUACAAAGCAGUGAUUGCAGAAUGUGUUAAACAAGAUGUAACUGGAAGUGCGUGAUGAAGCAUGCUUCGAAGAUUCAUACCACGACGUUCUUACCGAGGAGUAUGUCUCCUGUUGCUGAUGAUGACCCUCCUCCCACUCCUGCUGUACUUCAAGAACCUGUCCUUUCCGUCUGUUCCAGAAUACAUUCUAGCACAUCCCUAUUUCCAUUAUGACAUAGACUCGGAGGGGCUCAGAGACAACGUCCAGAAGUGUUCCUUGCCUCGCAUACAUCCGUUCCAUCCCUCCAUCUGGAGUUACCUCACCCCUCCCAAGCCUAUCGUCUGCGUGAGCAGGCGUGGCAACUGGACAUACAUCGACCAUCAGGGAAGACUCAUGGUCAACAAUACUGCCAUUGCUGAAAAUGGAUACGUCAUUGGGAAGUCGUUGAACUGUUUUUGGUCGCCCGUCUUGAGAGCUGGCCCGAAUGAAGAAGACGACCUGAAAGUAAAGUACGGGAAUGAGUCUUAUUUGCCUCCUGAGGGCGUCAUCCUUCCUUCAAACAUCGAGGUGGUACGAGCCACAUGCCAAAACUUUGCAUUCUUCAAGAUCUACGAAAAAAUCCAUGCCCACAUUCGAAACGUCACUUUCGACUCGUCUCGAGCCGCUCCCCUUCACCACCCCAUCAACAUCUUCAUCUUCGGACUGGACUCUUUGGCCCGGACAGCGUUCAUCCGGCACCUGCCCCACACCUACCGCUACCUGACCGAGGACCUCAACAUGACCGUCUUCAGGGGGAUGAAUAAAGUUGGAGACAACUCGUACCCUAAUCUGAUUGCCAUACUUACAGGAGACAAGGCCUACGGAGGUGGCCUGCCGGAUUACAAAAAAGGCUUCGACGGGUUUCCUCUGGUUUGGAACAACUACACUUCCGCUGGGUACGCCACGAUGUUUGCCGAAGAUUUCCCGGAGUUCGGACUUUUCACUUACCUGGCGACUGGGUUCCGCAAGGUCCCGACUCUGCACUAUUUCAGACCCUUCUGGCUGGCCGUUAAAGAGUCGAAUCUUUUCAAGUUUAGCUCUCAUCUGUGCUAUGGGCCGACGCCAAUGCACUGGUUGCAGGUUGAUUAUGUCGACAGGUUCAUAUCCCGGUACGAAGACAGAAAAAUCCCUUACUUUGGUUUUUCUUUUCUUGCCGAAAUCAGUCAUGAUUACGUUUCACCAGUUGCUUCAGCAGACGAUUAUUUCCUCGAGUUCUUCAAAUCCCUUUUCGAACGAGGUUACCUGAACAACACGUUUUUCAUCGUCAUGUCAGAUCAUGGUCAUAGGUUCGAUCCCAUUAGAAAGACGGAGAUUGGAUACAUCGAAGAAAGAAUGCCAUUUUUUGCAAUACGAGUACCUGAUGCCAUAUCGUCUCAUCAACCAUCAGUAAGAGAAACUUUCAGAGAAAACAGCCGCCGACUCAUCACACCAUUUGAUGUACAUGCAACAUUGCUGGACCUAUUCUCGUUUGCCACCAGGGAUCAACCACUGGGGCAAUACGCACCCAAAAACACGUUGGGACUCUCCCUUUUCGGUUCCAUUCCCGCUGACCGAACAUGCGCAGAUGCCCACGUCCCAGUCCACUACUGCGUCUGCGAAACGAAGACAUCAAUCCCUGUGACCGACUCCAGGUCGGUGAUUGCUGGACACGCCAUCAUCAAACACAUUAAUACUUUGAUUUCUGAUGCUGGGAGCGAGUUCAGUGAACGCUGUGCGUUUUUAGUUCUGAAAGAAGUGAAAAUGGCGCAUCUGGUGAGGAAGACAGAAGACCCACCGACUAAUGGUUCAGAGAAAGUUCGCGUCGUUGUCCAGGCCAAACCCAGCGAUGCUAUGCUGGAGGCCACAGUUCUGUACCAAGAUGGUAGGACUGAAAUCAUAGGAGAUGUUAGCAGGAUAAAUCCUUAUGGAGAUCAGUCGAUAUGCAUCAAGCAUAUGAUUUUACGAAAGUACUGCUUCUGCAGAGAUAACGAAAGGACAUUGAAAGGAAAACGAUAGGACCAUGUGAUAUUAAGUAAGGGUUAAUGUUAAGUAAAGAGAGUUUCAUGGAAUUUAUUUCGUAAAAAUUCACGAUUCAGUAUUUCUUCUGUUUUCGAACAUGUGGCGUAUGUUGUUAUUUAUGGGGAAUGAGACCGGUGGGAUCAGGGGCGAGCAUAGGAGGAGGGGGAGAGAGAAGGGACACUUGUUGGCCCAGGCCCGAGUCUGAAGAGGGCCCAAUAUUUUUAAAACUAGACUUGAAUUAUAGAGAUAUACAAUAUGGAGGGGGGCCCGGAAAGGUCAUUUGUGACGGGCCCCAACAUUUCUGUGCACGCUCCUGGGUGGCAUUCGUUCCAUCAGUUUUGUUGUUUGUUUGCCGAUUCUUUAACUACAUUGCCUAAAGGUACGUCAAAGCGUGGGGGUCAAAGACGGGUUUUAUGUUUUGAACUGUAUGCCACUCUACACUAGAACACCGCAGGGGUUUCUUUACUAACUCCACGUGGUUUUAUCUGUUGAAUAGGGCCAAGAAGAUAGCUCUGUACUUUGAUCCAGUAUGGUAACGAAGCAUCUCCUGAUCCAGUACCAAAAACGGUAUUCAUGGACAGGGAGAGGGAACUAGGAUGAUUUUGUGGCCAAGACAGAUUUGAGUCUGCAUUAGUGUGCACUGGUGAUCUGCGACCAUCAGGCCUUGAACCCACUCCAGUUACGAACUCAAUGCUUUAGCAAUCAGGUCACCGCGGCCACUGUACAACACAAGACUCCCUCCCCCCCCCCCCCAGUGUAUUAGCGUAUGCGGAUGAAGAUGAGUACUAUGUCCUGUCUGCGAGCAGUGAGCUUGAAUGAUACAUGUUGACGAUUGCAACGAAUAAUAACGUUUUAUUGGUGUAGGUAGUUCGUAGGGCUGCCUUUAUUCCUGACGCUUUGAGGUAGUAGCGUUUGGCAUAGUGGUUAAAGCACCAGAUUACGAACGGCGAGAUUGGUGAAUUGAAUCCUUGUAUUUCGUUCCAUUCCAUCACUACAACCAAUAGCAAGGUACGCCAAAAACGAUAUAUCAAUUUUGAAUAUCUGUCGAAUAGCUUACUUGUUCGAAAAUGAAAUUUAAAUUUUGAAAGUAUGUAAAGUCUUUUGAAAGCUUUUGUGGCGUGGUAAAAGAAUGAUUAUAGUUGUUUCAUCAGAAUCAUUAGAUAAUCUCUGAAUGAAAGCAAAUAGAUCAAAACAACUUUUUAAAUAUUGCUAAUUUUUUGUUUUUGUUAGGUAUAGUUAGUUGCAAAUUUUGAGAUUUUUUGUUGAAAAAGUGUUUUAUGCUUAAACAUAUUUCCUUUUGGGUAUAAUUUUUCUUUUCUUUAAAUCAGCAUUUAUUUUAUAUUUUCAAAAUAUUCAUAAUAUUAAACUUUUAAUUCAUUCGCGUUGCAAGGAUUUUAAUUAAGGAAAAUAAUAUUUUGUGCAGCAUUAAAAGUAAAGCUACAAAACCUAGAAUAAUUUACAAAAUAUUUCAUUAGCACAUAAAUGUCUUCAACAUUAUGCACUUUCUUUUGAGGUUUUUACUGUAGUUUUCAUGUCAUGUUUCAAGUCUCUGUGAACCUGCAUUUUCAGUAUUGACUUUCAAAAAUGCUAACUAUUAGGGCGGACAUUGAAACUGACCUAAUGUGUACUGUGUCAAAAACUUGUGAAGAGCAAAAGUGGCAGAGCUCUUCCACUGCUAUUGUGGAACUGCUGGUACUAUACAAUACGUUACUUUCUGGUCUCCCUAAUAUCAAUGAUUAAGUGCUGACGCGAAACAAUCUCUUGGAAUUUUGUUGUUUUUUACUGUAAUAAAAAGUACUGUCCACCUCUGACAAGUUGAACUCCGCUGCCCGGCCGAUUAAACGAUUCCAUUUGUUGAAAAAAUGGCGAUGUAAAGAGGUGAGGAAUGAAUAAUAAUGAAUGAUGUUAAUGGAUUAAAUUUUGGCACCGAAAGCAGGACGAGGGGUCAUUGUUUUAAGCUAUUCAAAUCUCAGGCUAACCUGGAAGUAAGGAAAAACUACUACUUUAGUAGGAUUGUGGGCACUUGGAACAGCUUACCGGAAGAGGUGGUAAUAAGCAAUAGAGUGGAUAGCUUUUAUUGAGUCAAAAAAAAAAAAAAAAAAUCCACCUAAUUAUAAGCAAUAGGGUGGAGGGCCAUUGAUCUUCAUUGGGGACUAAUAAAUUGACUAGGACCAGCCUAGUUGGCCAAGAGCUUGUUGCUUGUCAUCACAUUUGUAUUUGAAAUAGGGGUGAGGAAAAACAGCUUAAGAACUUGCGGAUUUAGUUUGCGGCGUUGUUGCCCAUUUGGCGAACAAUAUAAUUCAAGUCAGAAGUAUCAAGCGGGACAGGAUUUUAUCGCCACUAAAAGGUUGCAAUGGUAGCCCAACUCUGCGCCUAGUAACUCCUUUUCUUUUUGAUUGCUCUCCCUUGAAAGAUAUGGACUUGCUCAAGGUCAAAGCUUAACUUCUCAGAGGCGGACAGUACGUCUCCUUAUUUACGAAAUGGUUUUGCUUUUGCUCAUUACCCAUACUACCCGGAUUUUGCGGAUUUUCGUUUAUCCAGAUUGCUUUUGAUCCCAGUUAACCCAGAUAAGCGAGGUUGUACUGUAUUUAUAAAUCAAAACUGAUUAUUAAGAGGUUUAAACCUGCUUCCGUUACUAUAAAUUCUUAUACGCGCCUAAAAGGAAAUGAAAUAUGUAACUUUUGAUAAAACACUUUUCAUGUACAACUCAAACCAAAGUUUGAUUUACCACAUUAAUGGAAAUUCCUGUAGAAAAUAGGCUUUAUAUAGGCUUUUUUCAACCAGUUUUUUGAAGUUAUAUUGCUCAUGGGUGACAAUAGUGGCACAUCGCGAAAUUUGAAAAAAAGAAAAAAAAGGCGUAGUAAUCGAUUUAAAAUAUGAAUUUAAUGCUCUUUUUUGACGAAAUAAUUAGUUUGCAUAUCUGCAACAUACCAGACUAAGCUACAUUAUUACUACUUCGCAAGAGAAUGUAAAAAUGCUUCAUGUACAUGGGUGGGACGCGUGCAGUAAAAACUGUAAUUAAUAAACAUACCAAACUAGAUAUAAUGCAGUAAUGACUUGAAAAUCGCAGUUUUUGGACUUAACGUUAGUUUGGCUCUAAGGUACAUUAGAAGUUUUGUGAUUACUUCGUGGCAUUUGAGUUAAAAUCUAUUGUAAUAUAUUUUGCUAAAAAGAAAAAAAAAAGAAGCUUACGUUUCCGUCUACUUUUUUUUUUCUUUUGAGUUGUUCCACUAAUAUUAUUGAUGUACGAUGUAUUUUCUGAAAAAAAUUCAACUGUGCUCGGGAAUGCGUUUAAAGUUAUGUCUUAAUCAUCCUCUGUGAAAAAAUUCCGAAACGUUCCUAGAAAAAAAUGAGCAACAAACAUGCAUAAAUUCUGCCAUUAGCUUACCUGGAAAAAAAACAGGUAAGUUUCCUGCUAAAAGUAAGGAACCUUCCUAAUGUGCGACGUUUUGGAAUCUUUUUACAAUGUAUUUCUAGAGCGAAGAAAUUGUUAAAAGUACACUGGCCCCAAAAAGUUAAAAUACAACCGUAUUUUCGCGUCUAAUUUGCAAAUGAAUGAAUGUAGAAACAAAUUAUUUGGAGCAUAUAUGCAUUAAAUACUUUUUUAUUGAAUGCGUCGUAGAAAUUUGUAUAAGUGUAUUGCAAAAACGAUUUAAAACAAAAAAAAAGCAAUCUUUGCAGAAAAGUUCAUUCUUGGAGAAAACAGCACAUCACAGUGUUAUAUAGUAAAAUGUCAUAGAAACAAUACAAAAAUGGGUUCUAAUAAGGAAUGUGUUCCCCCCUAACUGGAAUGCAUUGGCGGCAUCGAUUUCCAUGAUGUUUAUUAAGUUGUCGGACACCGGAAUAUUAUGCGAAGACCAGACACAGAGUAAGCCUUGUUCCAGCUCAUGCAAAGACCUUUCAGGAGGAUUUAAAGCAGCAAGCUGUCUGUCAAGAUAGUUCCAAAGAUGAUCUAUCGGAUUCAAUUCUGGAGAUCGAGCUGGCCAUUCCAUUCGUUCCAAACCGUGAUCCUCAAGAUACCCCUCAACAAUCCGAGCUCGGUGAGAUCGUGCAUUAUGAUCCAUCAGAAUAAAGUCACUACCAAUGGCACCAUCCAUAUGGGCGGACAUACGAUCAAGAAUCUCAUCCCGAUAGCUCUGACCAGUCAUAGCUCCUCCAUGGAACACAUGCAGAUCAGUGUGACCACCGAGCUAGAUCCUAGCCCAAACCAUGAUUCCACCACCUCUAUAACUGUAGUCUCAACAGUGUUAUAUAGAUGGUAUCUAGUGCGCUGAUCCCUCCAGAUAAGUAUACGCCCUGAAUCACUCUCCAGUGUAAAUCUGGACUCGUCUGUGAACAGCAGAAGCUUCGGAAAACAUGUUGUACCUUAACUUUUUGAGGCCAGUGUAUUUAAUUGUAAUAUCCUGUAACAGUACUCGCAGUAUUUGCCCCUUUUUCUUUAGAACUUUGAUGCUUGGUCAGUAUUUCAUUCUCGAAAUGUCCAUUUAGUCUUCUUACUAUAUGAUAAGAGCCCAAAAUGCCCUUAGAAUGUACUAAUUGUGUAUAAAUUCUAUUUCAGCUUACAUAAGGUAACCGUUUACAUUAUCCAAUAACAUGUGUAUGGCAGCUAUGUUCAUUUCUAAUGUCCAAAAGGAAUGCAGCAAGCCCUCGAUAUUAGUAAAAAUGGUGCACUUUUUGUGUCUGUUGAUUCAUCAGCUCGAACUAAAUAUUUUCCAGCUACUUGUCGUUUAUAAACCAAUGUUUUUCUGAUGUCCUUCAUCAUGUCAUUAAUUCGUGGUAGCUUCGUCUCGAAUUGGCACUCUGACCACCACAUUCAUUGCAUCAUAACCUAUCGUUCCCCGUACGAUUUCUUUUCACGCUGAAAAAAAAAAAAAAUUACCAUUGGUAUGCAGCUUUCAAUGCAAUUUGACAACUAAUUGAACUAGCAAUGUUAUAUCUGAUCUCUUGCGCAUGUAAAAUACAUUUCGGUUUUUUUCUUUUUCUGCAACUCCGAAACUACCGCGACACACCGGUUGAGAAGCACUGCACUAUAUGAUUGAUUUUGUAGCCUUUAUAGUAAAAGUUUCAGUUUGAUGCUGAAACUUUUAUAUGAACUAGAACCGCUUCAGCACGUUUUUACUAUUGUAUUCUAAAUAGACCUAAGUAAUCCUUGAUAAAGAUAAUGUUAUCCUUAUAAAGACCUAAAGGGCGAUUCUCGAAAUAAUGUCCCGGGCGUAACGCUAGAUUUUUUAUGUUUUCCAGCUCACCAAAACCUUUAAAACAUAAUGCUGUUGGGGAAUAAUACGUGAUUUAAUAUAUUAACAAAGCAUAACGGUUAAUCCCAUGUUUAAUUGAUAGUUACUUGAAUAAAAUAGAAAACUUAGGGUUACGCACGGGACAUUUUUUUUUGAGAAUCGCCCUAAAGUACUUCAAUGGGGAAAAAAAAUUGAAUUUUGUGUGCCAGCCAUUUUAUAAGAUAUUUACUAAUUUACUUAUCUCCCAUUGUACCUUUCUUCUCCCUCAACUCUCUUCCACAAAAUAUUUUGAAAAUACCAUGCCUUUUGUUUUAUCUUCUAGUUGUUUAAUCGUCUUUUAUGUCUCACCGCAUUAUCUUUAUUAUGCACCAAAGGUAGGAUAAAACUCGAGGGCUCACUGCAUCAGUGAAGCUCACUUAUAACUUAGCAUAACGAGUUUGUAAUCAUUAAUUUUUACUGCUCCACAAGCCAUUUUUUAGUAAGUAUAAAUGUAAAACUGUAAAUAAAUUGACCUUGUAACCUUCAGAUUUUCGAGUAUUUUUCAACAUUAACAUUAUGUAUGAAAAUUGUUAGAUAAAUUUUGAGAUGUUUGGUGUAUCUAUUUAUACAAACGGGUCUGUAUGAUUCGCUAUUGUGAUAGUGUAAAAUGUUAAGUUAAAUCAAAAUGUUUAAAGAUGUUGUGGUAUAUAUAUAUAUGAACAUCGUUAGAUAACACAUUAUAUGUUUUAUUUAUUUACAUACAUGUAUUACGUACAAAUUUUGUAUAGAUAAAAUAAAGUUU